AUGGCGUUCCUGUGGGCAGUCAUCUGCCUGGCCCUGGCCAGCACUGUUUCAGGCUGUGGGGAGCCCCAGAUCAGCCCCUCGGUGCGGUACAGCGAGAGGAUCAUCAAUGGGCAGAACGCGGUGUCCGGCUCCUGGCCCUGGCAGGUGUCCCUGCAGACCCGCUCAGGAUCCCACUUCUGCGGCGGUUCUCUGAUCAACGAGAACUGGGUGGUCACAGCUGCCCACUGCGAGUUCAACCCAUCUUCCCACGUCGUCGUCCUUGGGGAAUACAACCUCAACUCCCAGUCUGAGUCUGUCCAGGUGAAGACCGUGUCGAAGGCCGUCACGCACCCCAACUGGAACGCCUACACCCUCAACAACGACAUCACGCUGCUGAAGCUCUCCUCGGCCGCCCAGCUGGGCUCCCGUGUGUCCUCUGUCUGCCUGGCUGCUGCCAACCUGGCUCUGUCUGACACCCAGCAGUGCGUCACCACCGGCUGGGGACGCACCAGCACCACCUCCAACACUCUGGCGUCACGCCUGCAGCAGGUCUCUCUGCCCCUGGUCUCGCAGAGUCAGUGCCGGCAGUACUGGGGCAGCAGCAUCACCAGCGCCAUGCUGUGCGCCGGGGGGGCCGGAGCCUCUUCCUGCCAGGGCGACUCCGGGGGUCCCCUCGUGUACCAGAGUGGGAACGUCUGGACUCUGAUUGGCAUCGUCUCCUGGGGAAACAGCAACUGCAACGUCCGCACGCCUGCUGUCUACACCCGCGUCAGCUACUUCCGAAACUGGAUCGACCAAAUUGUGGCCCAGGGGUAGAGCUGUGGGGAUCGCUUCGCUCCAGCAGUGCCAGCACAGGGCUGAGCAC